AUGGGGCCUGCCCGGGCCCGGGCCCGGGCCCUCCUGAGAAGUGUUCCCUUGCUGUGUAUAUUCUGGGCCCUCCUGUGCUCUGUUUGCUGCUCCAGUGACCCACCAACAUGGCGAUUCACAUCCUCUGAAGUUGUGAUCCCCAGGAAGAUGCCCCGCAGGGUGGGUGGAGCUGAGAUGCCAGGCCAGCUCUCCUACAGCAUGCGCUUCCAUGGCCGAAGACAUGUGGUUCAUAUGAAGGUAAAAAAGAGACUGCUGCCCAGACAUUUUCCUGUUAUUACCAAUAGUGAUCAAGGCACCCUGCAAGAGGACUACCCCUAUAUCCCCCGAGAUUGCUACUACUACAGCUUCCUGGAAGGGGUUCCUGGGUCCAUGGCCACACUGGACACCUGCUAUGGGGGUCUGCGUGGCAUGCUGCAGGUGGAUGAUUUUACUUAUGAAAUCAAACCUCUGGAGUCUUCUUCCAAAUUUGAGCAUGUGGUUUCUCUGCUUGUGUCAGAAGGAACAACAGGACAGGUUGAAAGGUGUAAGAAUGAAUGGGAAGAAGUAAAUCAAGCAUUUGAAGAGGCAAACUUUGCUGAAACUCCUAGAGCAGCCCCCGUUUCUCUGUGGUGGCCACAUAGGAAAUACCUGAACAUUCACUAUACAGUUUCCAACUCCUUAUAUCAUCAAAACACUAACCAGACCAGUAUAGUAGAGAGGGUAAUGCUCAUAAACAACAUAAUUCAUACCAUUUAUGGACAAGGUCAUCUAGAUGUCAUGGUACGUAUGAUGUGCAUAUGGGCUGACCACGAUGCUUAUGACCUAACUCGACGCCACAGUGCAGCUGAUAUUAUAAGUGAGUUUGGUUUGUGGAAAUAUUAUGGAUUUUGGUCACAAUUGAUGCAUGAUGUGUCAAUUCUUCUAACAGGACAUAAAUUAGGAGGAAGCACAUAUUUUUCAAACCACGAAAGCAUGUGCAAUCCCAACUGGGGAGCGUUAUUUGUACAUGUAGCAAGGUAUCACAUAUUUCUGGCUGCAACUAUUGCAGCACAUGCACUAGGUCAUGCGCAUGGCUUGCACCAUGAUAAAGAAAGUUGUCACUGUUUUCGAAGAACCUACUGUAUGAUGUCGCCUGUGCCUGGUCUUCUAGAUAUGAUGAGCAACUGUUCUUAUGAAAACCUGCAUAACCGGUUUAAUAGCUGGGAUCCUUGUCAGAGUAUAAGACUUCCUCCAUACAAUAACUUUCCUUAUAUAGCUCCUCGUUGUGGAGACAAGAUUGUCAAUAUGCAGGAAGAAUGUGACUGUGGCUCCUUAAAAGAGUGUGCUGCAGAUAGAUGCUGUGGGACCAAUUGUGCCCUCAGCCUUGGCAGUGUUUGUGAUACAGGAAAGUGCUGCCAUAGAUGUAAAUAUGAUCCUCCUGGAAGAAUUUGCAGAAAUAUACUUGGUAUUUGUGAUCUACCAGAAUACUGUGAUGGGAAAACGUCUGCAUGCCCACUUGAUUUUUAUGUCCAAGAUGGAACCCCAUGUUCACCAUCAGCUGUUUGCAUGAAAGGAAACUGCAGUGAUCGUGAUUUGCAGUGUCAAGCCCUUUUCGGCUAUCAGAUGAAAGAUGCUGUACCAUCAUGCUAUAAUAGGUUGAAUAUAAUAGGUGACCGUUUUGGAAACUGUGGGGUGAGGGUGACACAAGGGGGAGGAAAACCUGUUCAAUGUGAAGAAGAUGAUGUUUUUUGUGGAAUGCUGCAUUGUAGUGGUGUCGACCAUUUCCCUGGUGGAGGUGAGCACAGUACAUUUCGUCAAAUAAUAGUGCCAGGUACUAAACAAGACAAAUGCACCGGAUAUGAGGCACACUUUGGAGCAGAGCGGCCUGAAAUGGGGCUUGUGGUGGAUGGGGCCACAUGUGGUCCAGGAAGAUACUGUUUAAGACAGAACUGUACUUAUUAUCAAGACUUGGGUUUUGACUGUGAUGUGAAGAAAUGCAAUUUCAGAGGGGUAUGCAACAACAGGAAAAAUUGCCACUGUCUGCGUGGUUGGAAACCACCCCUUUGUGAUAGUAGAGGAGGAGGUGGCAGUGUAGAUAGUGGCCCUCCACCUGACAUAGAACGUGGUAUUCGAGCCAGAAUACUUAUUAAUAUAAACAAGGCACUAGCUGCAAUAAUGGUUCGCAUAAGUCUUUUUCUGUUUGUAUUGAUCAUUGGUGCCCUUUCACAAGUACAAAAAUAUACACAAAAGUUGAUGAAGACAAAAACUGAUGAUAAAACCAAACCAGCACCCCCAAAACCCAAGACAUAA